AUGUACAUUAACACAUCUGGCAAACUUAAUAAUAAUCCCUCGAAUAGCUCUAGUAAUAUUGACAAAAACAACAGUUGCUACAAUAGAAAUGACAACAAUACUGAUUUACCCAAAAAUAUUUCGAUGCCUGAUGGCUCUUUGAGUGUUUCCCCAACUUCUGUGUCUCCAACCAGGAUAUUUCCUAAAGAUGAUUUCAUUUUUAACCAUAACUCAUCUUUUUUUAAUACAAAUGCAGAUAAAAAUGGUUUACAAACUUCACCUUCUAAAGACGUUCUAUGUUGCAAUAAUACCAUUAGCAACACCAAAACUGUUUCAACUAUUAAAAUAGAAACAUAUAAUUGUAGCAAUAAGAACACCUUUCAUAGGAAUAACAGUAUUUCAAGCCUUGGGUUUAUCAAUAGACCAAAAAGAAUCAACGAGUUUAGUCAAAGAUCUAAGGAUGACGAUCUGAUAAAAUUAAACACAGAAAGAAAUAGAUAUAUCCCCUCGCGUUCAAAAUCGUUACCAUUUAAUUCAUUGAAAUUGAAAAGUAACUUAAAAUCAUCAAAUGGUGAGAAGGGACGUCCGGUUAGAUCCAAGAGUGUCCAUUUCGAUGAAUUGUUACCGAUUAAAUAUUUCCAUAAAUACGAAUGUCCUACUUGUGUAUCUAGGCAAAACAGUGAUUGUGAAGUAAUAGAAAAAAUCAAUUUUGAUAUUGUCAAACCUCUGCGCAGGUAUCAGUCGGAUAGUGACAGCGAUGGUGAUGGCAGUAAUGGAAAUAAUAACACUGAUACUGCUGUUACAUUUAUUAAAGAAGAUGGUUUAUUUGAUAUCAACUUUUCUAUAUUGAGCCAAACAAGUAACAACAGAGAUCUUAAAUUAAAUGUUUAUGCUAAUAGUGGAAGUGACUCGAAUGUUAUGUUACAAAGUAUCAAAUUAGAGAAAAGAAGAACUUAUAACAAUUUUUUCGAUUUCUUCAUUUGGGGUAAAAUCAGUGUCAAGAAUAUCUUUUAUGAGAAAUCGAUUUAUAUUAGAUACACCUUUAAUCACUGGAAAACUUUCAAUGAAAUUAAAGCACAGUAUGUUCAAGAUAUACUACUGAAAUCUAAUUUUAAGGAUUACGAUACCUUUGAAUUUUCUUUGUAUAAUUUAAAAAAUCUAAUAUUAAAUGAAAAUAGUAACAGUCCAGUUCUUACUUCGUCCUCAAAUGAGGAUAGUAACAUUAUUGAAGGCGAUUUAGAGUUUUGUAUUCAUUAUGAAACAGUGGAUUCUAAUACUAAUAAAAUGCUAGACUUUUGGGAUAAUAAUAAUGGCAAGAAUUAUAAAAUCCAUUUGGUGUUACAUACUCAAGAUAAUAAUAAUAAUAAUAAUAACAAUAAAAAUUCGUCUAUGAAUGUAUCAACUACUUUACGUUCAAACAAACCCAAAAAUAAAAAUGAUGAUAAUGAUGAUGAUGGGUACUUUGUGUUUCAAACAGACAAAUACUAUAAUAUAGCUAAUGAAUUAGGUGGAUUUAACAAAAAAAAUAAUAAAUUUGGGGAAUAUAAGAAUUCUUCUAUUUUCAACAGUAAUCGUACAAGGACUAAUUCUACUUUCCUAGAUGAUUUAUUAAAUGAAACUAGUUUUCUUCAACUAGAUGAUUAUUCUAAUAUAGAUUCCACCACACCUACGAGUAAACUUUACAAUUUCAAUAAUUAUAAAAGUAAUAACCUAUUAUUACAAAAAAAUAACACAAAUAAAAUAUUCGGUAAUAGUAAUGAUGAGGAUUAUGCUGAUGAUGUUGAUAAAGAUGAUGAUAGACCAUUGUUCUUUAAAGAUUUCAGAAACCCAUUUGCAAACUAA